CUUUUGGGACCUAAAACUCCUGACACGUCCGCGAUUUCGCUUUGUUUCACGUUGACGUUUGUUUCUACAGUCAGAAUGCUUUCUGUGUGCAACUUUGCGUCCUGCCCCUAGUGCAGUCUUUUUUGCAAAGCAAAAUAUGGUCAUCCUACACUGAUAUAUAAAAAAUGUAUUGCUUCUGAUAACGAUUUUACUUCCUCUGUGUCUGGUCUCCUAGUAUAUCUGCAUUGCUUUAUAAACGCUUGUCUCCAACUCCAAGUGUUUGGAUUUAUUUGUAAUUUAUCUUAAAUCAUUGUCCUGGGUGUAUACUGUGCAUCCAUGCUGUAAGCCCAGUAGCAGAGAAUCACGAGGUAGUUCCCCUUUAAUCGUGGCCGCGCUGGACGCGCGCAGGUUUCUAAGCGUCCUUUUGGUUUCUAAGGAAACGCGAGGAAGGUUGGAACGCGGACAGACGAGAGAAUUCGGCUAAAACGCGUUUUAUAUUAAUUACAAAAAUAGACAUUUUUUGUUUUGUUAACACUCGUACACUUACAUAUCUGUCUUAAGGUUUUUCUGUAAUCAAGGUCAAUAGUUGGAUGAGUGUAUCAGGAAUCUGGAGCUGGGAGAGAGAUGGACACCAACUCUCAACCACUGCCACCAUCUCAUUCUCUUCACGCCACUCUCACUCCUUGUCAGGCUCUCCCUGUGUCCCCCUCCCUCCAGUCCCAGCCACUGUCCCCGCCAUCGUCCUCUCCUCUCCCUGCCUCAUUGCCUCUUUCUCCUUUGACACCCUCUAAUUCACUCCCUCUAUCACCUACAUCUUAUUCUCCCUCAGCCCUGACCGCUGACUCCCAGUUGCUCUUUGCUUCUUGUCAUCGCCUGUCUCCUCCCCCACUUUCCCAAGGACCUGUCGCGCACUGCCCAAGCCUGCCUACCUCCGCUGCCGAGGAUGACCUGACCUGCCUCAGCUGGCUGCACCAAAGGGGCGACUUACUCCCCCUGCAGCCCCUACCUAAAACCAUUCCACUGCCCCAGCUAACACUCCAAGACUCCAUACCAACCCCUCAUCUGCCCCUUUGCUCUUCCAAGCCCCCUUACUCCUUCAGCAGUCUGAUUUUCAUGGCCAUCGAGGACUCCCCAGAAAAGAGGCUACCUGUGAAGGGGAUCUAUGACUGGAUUGUGAACAACUUCCCCUACUACAGGGCAGCCCCUGGCGGCUGGAGAAACUCGGUGCGACACAAUCUGUCACUGAGUAAAUGUUUUCACCGGAUUCGCAGAGAGAAAGGCCAGACAGUGGGCAAAGGAUCCUUGUGGUGUGUGUCUCCAGAGUACAGACCUGCCCUUUUAGAGGUGCUUAGGAAAACUCAGCACUGCCACAGCACCAGUAGCAACCUGAACAGCAGCCCUCUUCUGCUUGAGGAAGGAGAUUAUGGGGCACCAGUGUUAAGUGAUGCUAUACAGAUCUCAGAUUCACUGUCCCAAACGCUUCUCCUUUCUUCACCCUCCCCACCUGCCCUGCCCUCUGAUACGGUUGUCCAUUUGACUGCUGACCAAGAAGAGCUGGUUUCUAUGGAGACCAUAGAACUCCAGGAAGUGAAUGAGGAUGGAGAGAAAGACCCAUUAACAGAUAGUGGCUACAUUGAGUUUCACUACUACCAGUAUCAUCAGUACCAGUACCUAGUGCUUCCAGGGGAGACUGAAUUAGACCUGGAGACGGUAGAGAUUCUGCAGCUGGAUGCUGAAGCCCAGGAGGCGGCUGGGUCUUUGCUUGACUUGGCAGGAGGUGGACAUUAACAUCCUCUGGAUGAAACCUGAACAGAAAGAGGCACAUCUGUCUCACCUGCCACGUGUCAUACCGACACAUGCAUACACUGAUCUUCACACUGCCUGAAUUAGUCCUAUUGACAUGUUGACACAUAGUGAUAUAUUUAAUACUUAUCACCUAAUGCUGCUCUCUGAUACACACCAGCAUGCAGAGUUUGAUGCAACUCAGCAAAACAUCUUGUUUGACUCUGAUGAUGUGGGACAUCGGAAAAUUAAAGGACAACUUUAUCCAAGACAAAUCCGGGUGGCUGAUAUACUCAAAUUUUAUUAAUAAUCAAGACUGCCGUGUGAGAUUUUCCGCAAUAAAAAUAUGGUUAUUCAAUGUGUUAAAAUUAACUGCCAGCACUGAGAGAUUCAGGGCCCAGAUAAUGUUUUAAUGUUUAGUUUUAAGUUAUGAUACACAUACAACUGCUAAAUACUUUUUAGUUCAUUCUUAGAAAAAAUUAUAUUUUAGUUUUACUAACUAUUGUAAAUCUUCCAGCUAUAAACGAUUUUGCAUGGUCAACUGAAUUUAAUAAAGGUUUUCAUUUUAAAUUAAAGUUUUUUUUCUGUCAACAAUAAAUAAUUAUUGAGAUUCUUA